AUGAGCAAUACAGAUUUCCUCGGACGGGCUAUAGAUACCGUGAAAAAGGCCAUCGAACAUGAUAACGCUGGCGAAUAUGAGAAAGCUUACCAGACGUACUAUUCCGCUCUCGAGCUGUUCAUGCUGGCUUUAAAAUGGGAAAAGAACCCAAAAUCGAAAGAGAUGAUUCGAGCAAAAACUGGAGAAUAUAUGGAAAGGGCUGAAAAACUGAAGAACCACCUGGCAGGGAACGAUAAUCGGAAAAAACCCAGUGCUGUAGGGGCGAAUGGGAGAGUUGCACAUGGUAGUGGGAAAGGAGCAAAAGACGACGACGACGAAGAUGCCGAAGCGAAAAAGCUGCGAGCUGCCCUGGCUGGAUCUAUCUUAUCUGACAAACCAAAUGUUAAGUGGGAGGAUGUUGCUGGUCUCGAUCAGGCGAAAGAAGCCCUCAAAGAGGCGGUUAUUAUGCCCAUGAAAUUCCCCCAUCUCUUCACAGGCCACAGACAGCCGUGGAAAGCUAUAUUACUUUAUGGGCCACCGGGAACUGGAAAAUCGUACCUCGCCAAAGCAGUAGCUACGGAAGCGAAUAGCACGUUUUUCAGUGUGAGCAGUAGUGAUUUGGUCUCGAAAUGGAUGGGUGAAAGUGAAAGGCUCGUCAAGCAACUUUUUAAUAUGGCUCGUGAGAGCAGGCCGGCGAUUAUAUUUAUCGAUGAGGUGGAUGCUCUUUGCGGUCCUCGUGGUGAAGGAGAGUCUGAAGCCUCUCGUCGUAUAAAGACAGAAUUGCUCGUUCAAAUGCAAGGCGUUGGCAAGGAUUCUGAAGGAAUCUUAGUACUCGGAGCCACAAACAUUCCCUGGCAAUUAGAUAUGGCUAUCAGGCGACGGUUCCAACGAAGAGUUCACAUCGGUCUUCCAGAUGUUCGGGCAAGGGUGAAGAUGUUCAUGCUAAAUGUUGGAAGCACACCGUGCCAGCUGACCAAUGCGGAUUACCGGCAACUUGCUGAAAUGAGCGAAGGAUACUCUGGAAGUGAUAUCAGCGUAGUUGUUCAAGAUGCACUCAUGCAACCUAUCCGCAAAAUUCAAACUGCGACGCAUUAUAAAAAGGUAAUUGUGGACGAGCAGGAAAAGCUCACACCAUGUUCUCCAGGCGACAAUGGGGCCAUGGAAAUGACAUGGGUGGACAUCGAUUCGGAUAAACUCCUCGAGCCACCCCUUCUACUUAGAGAUUUCAUCAAGGCGUUGAAGUCUUCGCGCCCCACCGUGAGCGAAGAAGAUUUAAAGAAAAAUAAUGAAUGGACCUUGGAGUUCGGUAGUGAGGGGUCGUGAUAUAUAUUACAUGUUUUUUUUUAAACCUUCAUAUAGAGUAUAGGUGUUGCUUCUUUUAAUGUGUCGAGGCGUCUUUGUCCAAUUCUGAUGGGCGAAUUCUGAUGGAUUGUUUAGCCCACCUUUUAUCUUUACAAUCCAGUUCUGUCACUUGACCAUUUUGGUAUUUCUUUCCUUGGAUGGCAUAUUUAUGAUGAGCGCCUCUGGUUUGGUAGUAUUUUUCAGUCCAUCUCAUGCCUGGGAGACUAUGACAUUCGCCUGCUUUUCUUCUC